CUCCAUCUAGUGCUAUUUUUGAGACAAAAAGUGCUAUUAUUGAUAAUUGCCCUUUUCUUUUAUCUCGUAUUGUCUCAGACGAUAGGAAGCAAUCCAUCUAGUUAUGGAACUGAAUUAUCAUCAAAGACAACAAAAUGCAAUAAUCCAUCUUCUUAUAAAUUUGCAGUUCCACUUUCUUGCACACUUUAAUUUUAAGUUCUUAUUGAUUGGUUUCAUAAUUUCGGGUAGCAACUUGUCAAUAUAUCUUUUAUCUAAGCUUUAUAUAAAUAUAUAAAUAAAAACUCGGAAAGCUCAAUUUCAACCUCAGGAAACAGAAACACAAAAAAGAAUAUAAAAGUAAAGAAAUAACAAAGCAAAAGCAAAAGAGAGUGGUAAGGCUCCACACUCAAACUCUUCACUCUCACUCCUCUCUCUUACCGCUUGCAUUCCAAUGGCUCUCUAUCUCCAAUCUCUCUCCAUCAUCCUCUUUCUCCUCCUCCCCUCCUCCACCGCGAUGUGGUGCGUUGCUCGGUUUGAUGUUACGAGCCAGGCGCUUCAGGCGGCUCUAGACUACGCAUGUGCCGCUGGAGCGGACUGUGCUCCAAUCCAGCCCACUGGUCUAUGUUUCCUCCCAAACACCAUUCAGGCUCACGCAUCUUACGCUUUCAACAGCUAUUUUCAGCGUAGAGCCAUGGCUCCUGGUUCUUGCAACUUUGCCGGCACCUCCACCAUCGCCAAAACUGAUCCAAGUUAUGGAUCAUGCGUGUACCCAAAUUCUUUGAGUAACGCUGGAGGGUCAGCUUCGACCACAACGGUAGGUGGAACGCCGACAGCAACCGCCGGAAACAUUCCAGUGACGUCACUGAGGCCACCGUCUGGCACCACGGCAUCACCGUUUGGGAUAGGUGGCAAUGGUCUAAUUCCGCCGGGAAUCACAAACACUGAUGAAUCUGGAGCUUAUAUAAACACGAGUACUGUCUCAAUAGUACUAUUGGUGGUCUCCGUUUUGUGGUUUAUAUAGGUUUCCGAUUUCUGUAUUCAUUGUAUGGGCUCAACAUUUUUGUUAAAUGGGUAAUCAGACGGAAAGUGGUUUUAGUGUUCA